CCCUUGCACAACGCUGCUCAUCCUUUCUCCGCCCCACCGCCGCCGGCGCGGUAUAUAUCACUGUGAUGUACAGACCGACCAUCACAAGUUCUAACGAACCAAAGUGACCACAUUAAGCACCAUGAAGGCCUUCGUAGCGUGCAUAGCCCUGGCUUUGGUGGCGUGUGCGAGCGCCGAACCUCCAUCCGGUUACAGCUACAGCCGACCAUCAGGAGGUCACGGCGGCGGCGGCUUCGGCGGUGCCAUCGGCGGUCUCCUCGGCGGCGGAGCUCUCCGCGCCGUCUCCUCCGGGUACCAGACCUCCGAAGGGCAACAAGUCGACGGUCAACUCCUCGAACAGAUCCGUCAGAUCCUCCUCAAAGAAGAAGCUUCCUCUGGCUCAGGCUUCGGCGGCGGCCACGGCGGCGGUCACGGCGCUCCCUCCUCGUCCUACGGCGCUCCCUCCUCCUCGUACGGUGUCCCAUCCACCUCCUACGGCGUCCCCAGCGGCGGCCGCGUUGUCGGCAUCAGCCUUGAAGCCAUCCGCCAAGCCAUCCAGGUCGCGCAAUACGAGCAGUCCGGCGGAGUCAGCGGAGGAUACCCAUCCGGUCCCUCCUCGUCCUACGGUGCCCCCGCACCGUCAGGCAGCUACGGCGCUCCCUACUAGAUCCCAAACUCCCUAAAUCCAUCUCUCCCCAUCCCAUUUGAGAUGUUCGACUUAUUCGGGUCAGCUCGUGUCACCUCCGAGCGCCCGAAUGCCUAAACCAAUGACCGAGUGCCACGUACAAUGUAGGUGGUCUCGCUCCGGCCUGCCAUCCGGCCAACGCCUGCGACUGUGCACGCUCACGGGUUCCCCAGCCGUCAGCCAGUCGUUUCUGUACCAGACAGCCGUCGACACUGGUGCCGACGCCGACACCAGUGUCGACUGCUCUCGCGAGACAAAACACGAAGUGGCUCACGGCUGGGAACGACUCUUGUUCUGUAUAAAGUUUAUCGAUAAGUUAGCUUAAUUGUUGUUGUAAGAUUUUGUUUUUUUUUUAUAAAAAAAAAUAAAUACAUUUUGACACCGUA